UACCAGGCGCACGCAUCAUGUAUCUGCUGGUGUUAUUGUUCGCGUCGGCCGUCGCCGCUCCGCACUACUACAGUCAAACGCAAACAGGAGAUUUAAACGUUCGGGCCGACUUCGAGAAUAUUGUGUUUCUAAUCGCAAUCCCGCAGAGGACGAGUUUAUCAUUAGAUCUCUUAGAAGAUUUGAUGUUAAAGAAAAACAAAGGCAGCGACAAUCAGUUACAGAACAGAGCCGAUGUCCAAGUAAUGGAAGCGUUCGUCGAACCAAACACCCCGUACAAAGUUGAGAUCGGUACCGAUAAGAAAAGCUUUGGAGGUGAUUCUCGUGCCGUUGAAGUCGUCAUUUCUGGUCGAAGGCGUCUCGAUGCAGACGCUUUGGCUGAUGAGCGAGAUGAGCUAAAACUUCUUGGUGCUACAGAACAGUGUGGACCAGGUCGGGAGCGGGACCCUGACACUCUCGGCUGUCGAGCUAGUGCAGUCACGGAAUCGAACGAAUCCCUACAAUCCGAACUAGACGAAAAGAACGAAAAAAUUAAUUCAGAACCCGUUCCAGAAGUGGUUUCUACAUAAUUUUGAGAUUUCUAAAUCUUUCUUAAGU